AUGUUCCUGAUCACCUACAUGGAGGGCUUGUCGUUUGGCAUGCUGGCCUAUGACGCGUCGCAGGGCCGCGCCAAGCACAUUUCGACACAGACCAUUGUGGCAUUGACGAUCUCCCUGGCGCUCUCCGCACUGAAUUUGCCAAGGGCUUGGGCCAGCAAGGUGCAUAAGUUGAUCGUCGUCUUUGUGGGCUGCUGCUUGGGCAGUGCAGCCUGCUGGCAGGUUGCCAAAGACAGCCAAGCAGAUGGCGAGGACGAUCUUCGGGUGCCAGGGGUGCCGCAGCGACACAGCAAAGCAGUUAUCUAUGUGGGCGCUGUGGUGAUGGGAGUUCUGUCCCUUUUGAUCUCCUGCCGCUUCUCACCCGCUGAGCUCGGCAACUUUGUGUCUCACGACAUCCAGAGCCCAGUCUGCACAUUCCAGAACUUUUUGCACGCCUUUGCCUUGCUACCGCAACUGGUUCUCUGUAGGCGCCAGGGCUUUGUGUCGCCCACGGGGGUGCGCUUCCUGUUCUUGCUGGGCAGUAAGCACCUCUACGAGUUCUUCUCAGACUCCUACGUCUCAUACAAGCACUACGUCAGGGGCCACCUGAGCUUUCACGAGUUCAGCUUCAUGUUUGGCGAUUUCGUUGCUGCGGUCAUUCUCCUUGACUUCCUGUACCUUGUUCUUGUUGACGAGCGCUCCAUGCAGCUGCUCAUGGGCUGCAAGGAGAUGGAGCUUCGGGACGAGGAGGCUCCAUUUGGACAGGAGGAGAAAUCUACGUCCAAGUCCAGUCUCCCGGGACUCUCUGCACUUUGUCUUCACCUCCGCGAGCGCAUGGACGAGCCCCGGUUCCAGCGCUUGGCAUUUCUUGGAGCCUCCGCAACUGUCGCUGUGCUUCUGGGCUUGGCCUUGGGCCUCAUCAAC